CAGUUUAAAUCUAACCGAAUUAUAAAUUUGAAAUAGUUAAACCUAGUUAGAACCCAUUUUCAUACAACUAACAACCAAAUAUCUAGCGCGAAGCCGAACGUACUCUAUCAUCAUCAUCCGUGCAAAUGGUAUCUACAUUGAGAUCCACUGCCCGAACCCAACGAAAACCAAAGCUUUAUCACUAAAACAACCAAAAUCUAGAAACAUAGAGGCUCACACUCUAACUCUUAUCGCAACCUCAAUUUUGAAAUCUCUCCAAGGAUGUCUCUAACAGCCGUCAAAAUGUCUGAGGAUGUUUGGUUAACUUGUCUUACUCACGCAUUGUCCACUGAGACUGAAGAGAUCAUGGGUCUUCUUCUUGGUGAUAUCGAGUACUCAAAAAAUGGUAAUGUCACUGCACUAAUUUGGGGAGCCUCACCUCAGUCACGAUCUGAUCGGCGAAAGGAUCGAGUAGAGACAAAUCCUGAACAGUUGGCUGCUGCAUCAGCGCAGGCUGAUAUAUCCUUAAUUUUUAUGUGAUUGUUUGCUUGUUAUGGAAAAUUCUUCAGCCCUAUUUUUUUUUUUCCCUGCUUGAAUUUGUUGUUGACAAUAUGCAGUAGAUUUGAGGCUUCCCUCUAAUGACAUCAUAAAUCGUAGAAUUGAUAACUUUUAAAAGAUAGUUAUUUACUUUUCAUACCAAGCUUGCCUUUUCUUUUAGGAGCAUAAAGAAGAAUUAGCUUCGAUUCUCACUUUGGCUUUCACCACUUGGAUAUUGAACUAUUGAACUAAUAACUAAUUCUCAGGCUUUGCCAUAGAGAAUGACCGUGUUGACUGGAAGAACGACAAGAGUCAUUGGGUGGUACCAUUCACAUCCGCAUAUUACAGUUCUUCCUUCCCAUGUUGAUGUGCGGACUCAAGCAAUGUAUCAACUUCUAGAUUCUGGGUUUGUUGGGCUUAUAUUUUCUUGUUUUAGUGAAGAUAUAAAUAAGGUUGGAAGAAUCCAAGUUAUUGCAUUUCAGUCCUCAGAUGGGAAGCAGAAUCGCAUGUCAAGACCAAUUUCAUUAUCUCCCAUUAAUAAAAAUGCAGUUAUUGAUUUGGAAUCAUCUUUAAGUUCCUCAGAGAAUCUAUCAGUAAGAUCUGGAAGUGCAAGGGCUGAGAGCCCUGAACAAGACACUGUUGAUUCUAGAUCAGCAACAGGAUCUUGGAAGGUUGUGGGAAGAUCUUCAGACUUGGGUGGUUUCUUUGCAAAUGCUGAUGCCAACCAUCUUGAGAGAGAGAGAGUUGGAGGAAACAACCAAACUGGUGAUUUAAGUAUCACCAUUGCUGAUAUAGAUCCCAUGGAUAUAUCAGAAAGCAUGCAAGAGGCCAUGCACCGUUCAAAUUUGGAUAUGAGUGGUGCAGAGUAUGUUAGGAAAGAAAUCUCACUUCAUGUUUUGCCGACCUCAUCUCUUCUGAAACUUGAUUCACCUCUAACGUCAUUUACGGAUUUGCAACAUGUACUAUAUCAGGAGGAAAGAGCAGCUUAUAACCAAGCUAUAUUGCAAAAUAUGAGGGAUGGAAAAGUGCAUCCCCUUACUUUCAUUCAUCACACAUCUACAUAUCAGGCUUCAAUGUGCAAAUUAAUUGAAUAUUGUUUAAGUCCUGCCAUAAAUGCACUACAGGAUCGAUUGAGAGAGAAUGAAAUUCGGUUGGCAAUGCUGACGAAUCAAGCAAAGAUGUUGGAGACUGAUGCCUCUAGGGGGAGUGAAUCCGGUUCAUCUCCCCAUCAUACUCAGUCUCAUGGUGUCAGUGGAAGCGCUUUGGUUGGUCAGAGGGACGUGCAUAGCUCAGCUAAUGUGAGGACCAUACGUAAUCCUGGUAGUGGCAGCAAAAAGGGGGGUUCGUAAUAGAAACACAAACCGAGUUUCUUCUCACUGCUUUUGUUUGACCUUUGUUGGUCUAUCGGAAGAGCUUUUGCAGCUUUUGUGGUAUCCAUGGUGAUUCAAGUUCUGAUGGCAGCAGUGUUGCAAGUGAUAGUUUUCUCAAUCUGAAUAAUUCUCUGAGGAACUGGAGAAUGGAAAAUAUUCCCAGGAGAUGAAUGUAAUUGUAUGUAUUGCCUCCUUGGUUUCGUACCAUGGUUCUUCUGGACUUGGAAAGUAGUAUGAUUACUUGUAUUUCUGUAACUUGUAUUUGUGGUGAAAUAGAAGUUUGUAUCAUUUGG